GAGAUAUCGCAAAUAGGCGACGAGACGCGUGGAUAUGAUAAAACCAUUUUAGUGCUCCAACAUUUAUUAACAAUAUGGAGCCAUCGAAUCGGGCACCUGCAGAGACACGCUCUCCGGGUGUUCAGAACGGCGUAGAGACACCAUUUGUCCGACCACCACUCAACAGAGCAGAUUCUCGAUCAUCCCUUUCAUCACCAUCACCACGACCACUUGGCCCUCAACAAAGGCCCCAAUUCUUUCCUGGGGGUCCAGUCACAAAUUCACCAUUAGGACCUCGACCAGGAGCUCCUACGCCUAGAAGUCCACUUACUACUGGACCAGGGUCACAAUCUGUUCGACCACAGGUGCAACAAUAUCGUCCAGUUGGUCCUCAGUCAAUAGCACCACAACAAGGCCCUCGGCUACAGCAACCUCAAUCUCAACCUCAACGACCACCAGUUCCAAAUAAUUUGCAGUUUGGCCCUAGGCAGCCACCCCAAUUUGGUAGUGCUUCCACGCCUGAAGGGGUAAGGCCAAAUAUAAACCCACAGGCAAACGGAUCGUUUAGGCAAAAUACGCCUUCUGGACAAAACUCAGGUCAAAUUUCGAGGCAGUCAUCACAAAAUUCACUAAACAUUUCUGAUUCUAACACACCUCAAAACAAACCAGCCAAUCUGGAUAAUCAAAAUAUUAAUAAUGAAAGUCAACAUAUCAACAAGAUUGAAAGCAAUAACGAUAUGGCUGGUGCAGCAAAAGGGCGUAGUUUUAGCAUUUCAGCAGCACCGGGGGCACCGAGUCCAUUUAAAGCGGAAGAUGAUAGACGUAAAUCUGUAAGUGCUGUUAGUGGUCGAUAUGAUGAUUUAAAUAUACGAAACCCUGGUCUGGGACAGAUACAAGAGACCGUUGGUAGUAAGGAUAAUAUUCGUGGAUCUAAAGAAAGUGUACGAUCAGAAGCUUCUAAUGACGGAGCUCGGGACAUAACUGAUCGCCCAGAAACACGUUUAGCUGGAUCCAAGAUGACAGAAUCUUUUAUGGGCUCACUAUCCAAUUUAGCUACAAAGAAAAAAAAUGAUGACGAUGACGAUGUUGUAUCACAAAACAAAUUGGGUGUGGGCAAAACUGAUAGCCAACAAAAUAAAACUGAUCUCUCUGAUCGCUCGCCAUCAUUAACAAGAAGUGACGAUUCGCCAGAGCCCAAAAAUGUUUUACAAAAUCCUAUUUUGCCUAACAAAUCACAAAGUGUUACUCCCGAACCACAGAGACCAAAGACACCAAAAAUCGAAGUAAAACCUGAUAUUUAUGAAUCUAAAAAAACUAUAAGUCCAACUUCCCAGAGAUCAGAGUCGAAAUCGCCUAUGUUGGAAUCUAAAUCUCCCAUACCUGAUAAUAAAUCUCAUACGCCAUCAAAUAAGAAGCCGAUGGAACUAAAUACGAAUCAAACGCCAGUUGAUUCUAAGAGAUCUACGCCGCGAAAAGCAGCAUCUGCACCUAAGUCGAGGCCGAAAGAUGGAGACAAUGACAGUGGCGUCGAUGAAUCCACUCAAGGAAAUGACUUAAAUGGCUCCCCUGGAUCACCAAACAAGCCACUUCCCAGCAAAUUGCCAACUAAAGAGAAGUCAAAUAGCAGCCUAAAACCAAGCCUUUCUAGAUCUUCGAGCAAAAGUGCUACUGCUAAGACACCGGAGACUCCUGUGCCGAUUGACAAGAAAAAAGUACCGAUGAAUAAAAUACAAGUCGGAAGUGCACCAUCACCAAAUAUUAAAGCUGUUAAGUCCAAGAUUGGAUCCUUGGAAAACACAACAUACAAACCUGGCGGAGGAAAAGUGAAGAUCGAAAAUCGAAAACUCGAUUUUAAUAAUGCAGCUCCAAAAAUUGCAGCUAAGAAUGAGGCGUAUACUCCUAGUGGUGGCGUAAAAAAGAUAACGUCAACAAAGCUGGAAUGGAAUGCCAAAUCGAAGAUAGGUUCUCUACAAAAUACGUCCUACAAACCAGGAGGUGGUGACAAAAAGAUAGAAACCGUCAAACUGGACUUCAAAGAAAAAGCUAAACCGAAAGUUGCAUCUACUGUUAACAUUACUCACAAACCAGGCGGUGGAGCAAUCAAGAUCGAAAACCAAAAGUUGGAAUUCAAAGCACAAAGCAAAGUGGGCUCCCUCGACAACGUGAAACACAGACCAGGAGGCGGUGACAUCAAAAUAUUCGACGAUAAAGAUUACAUAAAGCAGGUCGGAGGUCACUCCCCUCUUCCUAGUAGUGGGCAGUCACGGCAGGAGCCCGAAUAUUUGUACACACAUUAUUGACUCGGUUAAGAGUCCAGUACCGCCGCCGGCGCAGCCUCCAAAGGCGGACGAGAAUCUGAAUGAGCAACACAGUUAAACAGUGCACGUCGAAUCCGAUAUUAAUUUUCAGUCCAAAUUCUAUACGUUCCGUAUAAAUACAAUAUUAAUUUUUUUAAUGUUUCUAAUUUUUCAUAGAGCAUUUGCUUUCUAGCAAACGAGAGUGCCAAUGUAGAACUGUGUGAUUUUGAUCCAAUAAGUUUUAAAUUAUACAUUAGUUUAAUAUAUAAUAUCACUAGCACUACAUCUGUAAAACUAGUUUUGUGAAACCACAAAAUCACCAACAAUAUUUUUGUAUUAAAAGCGAACAAAUUGUUUUGUUAUUGCACUUCAGUAUAUUAGAAGCUUAGUCCCCGUUGUGUUAAUUAUAGUUUUAAGCACUUAUGUUGUACCUCUCACGUUGUUCAUUGUAUUAAUAAAAAUAUUUGAUGUAAUUUUAUUUUAUUAGAUUUAUUAUUAGGUCUAAAAUGAUAAAGUUGAUUCUGGAAUGGUAAUUUACUGAGGUAUUUGCUUUGCUUUCGAUAUUUAUCGUUGUGCUAUGCUGAUUACAAAUUAAAUAUUUCGAAAGCAUCGCAUAUUGGAGUUUGACUGAUCCGAGAUAAUUUAUAUGUAGGAAUAUUUUGUAUGUAUUUAUAAUUAAUUAUAGAUUUAGCUGUACUGAUUAAAUGUUGACGCUUUAAAUUCACAUUUUCUUUGCGAUGUCUAGUUACAUUUAAAAAUGUAACCUUUACAUUUAAAUUAAAUAAUUAACAUUUUGGUCUCUAUAACACAAAAUAUGUAUUUAAAUUCACUUCCGGUGUCAUACUACAAUAUAUAAAAUUAAACGCAUUUAGUAUUAUAUAGUCAUCUGAAGUAAGCAGAAUCAAAUAUACAUUACAGCUACCUAUACUAAAAUUUGUAAUUGUCAAGUUUAAUACAAAAUAACAUAUUAAUA